AUGUUCUACUUAGACCUUUCAGUUAACCAAAUCAAAGAAGUUUGGGUUUGGAGAGUAGGAAAUAGAGUUUAUCUGAAUCUUUCUUGCAAUCUCCUGGAGUCUCUGGAAAAACCUUACAACAUGUCCACCAGCCUACAACUCAUUGACUUUCAUUCCAAUAGGAUCAAUGGCGAUCCACCCAUCCUACCUACUUCUCUGAUUUACUUUUCAAUUGCCAAUAAUAAACUAACGGGAUCAAUACCCUCUUCCAUAUGCAACCUACAUCACCUUCAAUAUAUUAACAUGUCAAAUAACUCCAUAAACAGCAAAUUGCCUCCAUGUCUAUUCCAAAAGUCUGACAGUCUGGUAGUGUUGAAUUUAGGGAGAAACAAACUAAGUGGCAUCAUUCCUGAUACAUUUCCGCAGAAUUGCAAUUUGAGAACUUUGGACCUCAACAGCAAUAUCCUAGAAGGGAAGUUUCCAAGAUCCCUGCAAGGAUGUGCAUUUCUGGAGGUCUUGGAUAUUAGAAAUAAUAAGAUUAGAAAUACAUUCCCAUGCAUGUUGAAGAAAUUUUCCAAUUUGCAUGUCCUAGUUUUGAGGCCAAACAUGUUCCAUGGGAAUCUCCGGUGUCUAAUAGCUAAUAAUGAAACCUGGUCAAAGCUUCAAAUUAUAGAUCUUUUAGCCAACAAUUUCAGCGGAUCUCUACCAACACGGUACUUCUCAAGUAGGCAAGGCAUGAUGCUGAGCAGCAAUCCAGAUCAAGUUGGAUCCAAGCAUUUGUAA